AUGCCCACCUCCUCCUUCCUCGGCUCUCCCCUCUUCCUCCCGUCGUCCCCCACCACCACCACCACCACCACCUCCACCUCCAACCGCCGCCACACCGCAAUCCAAAUGUCCCUCAACCCAAACCCCGUCACCAACCUCGCUAAACUCCUCUGGGGCCCGUCCCUCCCGCCCAACCUCCUCAUCUCCGGCGCCCGCUCCGCCUGGUCCGCCGCCUGGAACCUCAUGAUGUCCCAGAUCGCCCCCUCCGACCCCUCCACCGGCGCCUACUCCCGCCCCGCCUCCCAAUUCCGCCGCCCCUCUCCCCAUUCCCCGCCGCCCAGGGACCUCCAUCUCUACGUCGGCCUCCCUUGCCCCUGGGCCCACCGAACCCUAAUCGUCCGCGCCCUCAAGGGCCUCGAAUCCUCCAUCCCCGUCUCGAUCGCCGCCCCAGGUGAGGACGGCUCCUGGCAGUUCAAGGAGAGUAACACCAGUGCCCCUGAAAAUGAAAACUCUAUCCCCAAUUAUCUUGUACCCGGCCCGGACAAGGCCAACCGGUGCAAAACCCUGAAGGAGGUUUACAAUCUUCGCCUCGGAGGGUACAGAGGCCGGUCCACAGUCCCGAUUCUUUGGGAUUGCAAUCGGAGGGAGGUCUUCUGUAAUGAGAGUUACGAUAUUAUCCAGAUAUUCAACUCUGAAAUGAACAAUGUAUCUUCCAACCCGGGAUUGGAUCUUUCUCCUCCGCACUUGAAGGAGAAGAUUAACGAGUGGAAUCGGGUAAUUUACCCGAACGUCAACAACGGAGUUUAUAGGUGUGGGUUCGCCCAGAGCCAAGAAGCAUAUGAUGCAGCCGUAAAUGAUUUGUUCACGACGUUAGAUAUGGUGGAAGAGCAUUUGGGUAGUAGUCGGUACUUGUGUGGUGACACGUUGACGCUUGCAGAUGUGUGCUUGUUCACGACGCUAGUUAGGUUUGAUCCCGUGUACAACGUGUUGUUCAAGUGCACCAAAAAGAAGCUGAUCGAGUAUCCAAAUCUUCAUGGGUACAUGCGGGAUAUUUACCAGAUUCCGAAAGUUGCAGCAACUUGCAAUUUAGGAGCAAUAAUGGAUGGAUACUACAAAAUCCUUUUCCCACUUAACCCGGGCAGCAUUAGACCCGCAGUUCCUUUCGCCUGUGAACACGAGAUGCUUCUGAAGCCCCACAACAGGGAGUUUCUUUCAUCUUCAUCUGCUGAAAAUGGUUCAUUGGUUGGGCCAAUUUCAUCGGCCGCUUCUCGUCGGGUGCCGCCGUCUGUACCUCCCAUAUUCGUAAGCUCAUCGUCUUAUUCUACGGCACAUGAUCAUCUGCUCCCCCAAAGUGGUCUUGCCUCGGCUUGCGCAGACAUUGGAGGAGGCGGUGCGGCGGAGGAUGGAUAUGGCGGAGCUGCAGUGUGUAGGGCGCAAACGGCGGAGCUGCGGCACUGUCAUAUCUUGUAUCUCGUGUCGUCGUUGUCGUGGUCGAGGACUUGGAGCUUUCGAGGUAGACGGCUGAGAUGGAGGAGGGGGGUGGCUAGAAGUGGGAGACGGAGCUGGAAAAGAGGGCGGCAGUUGGAGGAGUCGGGGAGGCGAAGGCGGAGAUUGACGGGAAGGGGUCGCGGACGACGACCAUGGGAAGAGCUUUGUGCAGUUCAUCGGUGGGCCACUUUCACCGGCUGCUUCUCGUCGGUUGUCGUUAUCUGUACCUCUUAUAUUCAGACAUUGGAGGAGGCGGUGCGGCGGAGGAUGGAUAUGGCGGAGCUGCAGCGUGCAGGGCGUAAACGGCGGAGCUGCGACACUGUCAUAUCUUCCAAUGGCCCCGACCAUAUCCAGACAACCAUCCCAACCCUAGCCCGGAAACCCACACCGCGACCACCCACCACCGAAACCAACAACAAAGCCCAAACCAGAAAGACCUGGACCCCUGUCUGGCCUCGACGACCUUCCUCCAACCAACACCAGGAAGGAGAAAGGCCCGGUGAUAAACAGCGGGGCCUCCGAACCCUAAUUUCCCCAAAAAAGGGGAAAAAUACGGGACAACCACCCAAAUCGGAAGGACCACAGGAGGCAUGCCACAGCGGAAAGCACCGGGAAAUCAGCCACCCGCAACCCCAUCCUAGCACCAGAAUCCUCGGCAAACCUGUUCAGGGGACCGGAGCCUUCUUCCCCAGUGGAGAACAACCCUCCAACCGGCAAUCCUCCCUAAGAUGGGCCGCAGAACCAGGGCCACCUCCGCCGAGAAAAUUAGAGAGCUCCGCUGGGGGAUGCGGUGAUACAAUCGGGCUUAAGAGAAGAAGAAGAAGAAGGGUUUUGGGGAAAUUUUGA